GGACUGAAACCAGUCUUGUGGGAAAGUCUCACAGUGGACCAAGAAGCUUGCAUACCACUGAGACUUUGAGCAGGCCGACUUCAUGAGGGGAAUAACUGACCUUAGAAUGAUCCAUGCAGAAGUUUGAGAGUUUGAGUAUUUACGUUGCAGCGUCUUACUGCUUGUGUAAGACAACAAGGUGUCCUGUACGGAUCACCUCUGGAAUUUGUCAGAUCCACUUGAGAAAGAAGGUGUUUGGUCAUCAUGAAUGCAACCCAACGACUCAAACUAAUGAAGCACUUUGGUUCUGUGCCACCUGAGCCUCCACCACCACUGCUCGUGGUGCCGAAGCCAGGCAUGGAGGAGUUAACGAUAUGGGAGCAGCAUACAAUAACACUAAACAAAGAUCCCAAAUUGGGCUUUGGCUUUGCUUUAUCAGGAGGCAAGGACAAACCCCAUCCGGACAGCGGCGAUACAGCUGUAAUUGUGUCCGACGUGCUGCCCAAUGGACCGGCCAUGGGCCGCCUGUUCAACAAGGAUCAGAUUGUCAUGGUCAAUGGGAUCUCAAUGGAGAACGUCCAUUCCAACUACACCAUUCAGACCCUCAAGGCACUAGACAAGACGGCUAACAUUACAGUAAAACGUCCACGCAAGAUCCACAUCCCCGCUACAUCCAGGCCAACCCGGGCUGCCUCCCACUCCAAUCUGUUGGACCCAGAGCCUCCAAGGAGGACACGACGCUACUCUGACGGUAGCGACAACCGAGAUGCUAGUCGCUACCGUGCUCGGGCACGCAGCUCCUCCCCUGAUCGCAACGGCUAUGGAGGCGCCAUGCCCUUAAUGUCAUCAGGGUAUAAGAGGCUGCCGCACCAUGACGUGGCCGACAAACCCCUCAGGACCACUCUGGUUAAAAAGAAAAUCACAGACGAGUAUGGAUUGAAGCUGGGCAGUCAGAUCUUUAUCAAGCACAUGACUGAAACCGGCCUGGCUGCAAAAGAAGGCACACUGCAGGAGGGAGACCUUAUUCUGAAGAUCAAUGGCAUGACCACAGAGAAUCUGUCUCUGCUGGAGACAAAGCACUUGGUGGAGAAGAGCCGAGGCAAGCUGACCAUGACGGUUCUCAGAGACAACCGCAAGUUCCUGGUCAGCAUCCCUGAGGUGGAGGACAGUGCCCCCAACAGUGAGGAGGACCGGCGUAGAAAUAGCAGCUCUGAGAUGGAGGACAUUUCAGACCUGGAUGAUCGUUCACAUUCUCAUAGAACAUCUCGUCAUCCUACCAGAGAGAAACGAACGCACAGAACCAGAGCAGACAUCCCUCUGGUCCACAAGUCCAGGGAGUCUUCUCCAGUGCGUUCCACGUUGACUCGACCUCCAAGAGGCUACGCACCUCGCAGAGCUGCGUAUGAAUCAGAGUCCGACCGUAGCGCUUCACCGCCUCCUAUGAGGAUGGACAGUUUGGACAUGAGGGACCACUCUAGCAAAUACAAGAGCUUGUCUGGACUGUCCACCCUGCCCAACACGAGAUCUUCUUCCUCCCACAACUGGACGUCACCUAGACCUUCCUCAUCCUCCUCACGACCCCGCAGGCCUGUGUCAGAGUCAGACUCUGACCGCAGCGCCUCCCCCCCGCCGCACAGAGACAGCCCUCGAUUAGACAGAUAUAACCCUUUAGUUCUUCCUGCUGAUCUGCCUAGCCUGAGAGAUUCCCCUAUCCUGGUACGGCAGGAACCACCAAGGAGGGUCAACUCUCCCCUGAGAGUCCCACGCCCAGACUCCGAGUCAGAGUCAGAUGGCAGCUCGGCGCCUCCUCGGAGGCAGAGCACCGCCUACAGCCAGGAUUCUCACAGCAGAUACAGAGUUUUGCCAGAUGUUUCCUCACAGCCCAAGCCAAGGCGACAGAGCGCCUCCGGCAUCCCUGCUCUCACUGCGUCACACAGAGCUCCAUCAGAAUCUGAAUCAGAGGCCAGUUACACGUCUGCCCCUCGCAGGGACUCAACAGACAGUGAGAACUCCGGCAGGGCCAAAAACAGAUACAGAGUCCUUCCCGAGGUCAAGCCGUCUUCGGUCCGUGUGAAUCCGGAGCCCCCUCGCCGAAUCUCAUUGCCAGUCCAACCACCGCCUCCCCCCGAUGAUUCCUCGGAGUCAGACCAGCUGUUUGACCUCCGGAGGUCGGGGAGCUCGGACCUUGGGGAUGAGCGACGUAGUGCUCCAAAUGUGGCAAACAAAAGUGGUACCGUGAGGUCUGGAAUCUCCGUGAAGAACAAUCUACCAGCCCACUACACCGCUCCAGCCAAGCCUGCUGAAGAGCCAAUCUACUCCUUACCUCCAGAUUCAUACCCAACAUCCAACCCAGGGUACAGUUCCGACUUGCAAACUGUGUCCUUUGUCAAGGAAGGCAGCGUGGGCCUGAGGUUGGUAGGUGGCAAUGAUGUGGGCAUCUUUGUUGGAGGAGUGCAGCCCAACAGCUCCGCCUAUGAGCAGGGUAUGAAAGAGGGAGACCAGAUAUUGAAGGUCAAUAACACAGAGUUUGGCCAUUACACUCGAGAAGAAGCCGCCAAUUUCCUUCUGAACAUCAAGAGAGGAGAGAAAGUGGACAUCCGCACUCAGAACAAGAUGGACAUUUAUAAGAAGAUCAUCAAGUCCAACCUGGGGGACAACUUCUACAUCCGCACACACUUUGACCACGAGACUGAUCACCCCAUCGGGCUCAACUUCACACGAGGAGAGGUGUUCCGGGUCGUGGACACCAUGCAUCGUGGGAAGCUGGGCAACUGGCUGGCCAUACGCAUGGGGAAUGACCUGCAUGAGCUGGACAAAGGCACUAUCCCUAACCAGAACAGGGCCGAGGCUCUGGCCAGCCAAGAGCAGGCGCAGAGGGCAAGUGGGGAGCGGCAGGUGUCUGGACCCAGGGCUGAGUUCUGGAAACUACGGGGCCUCAGAGGGAACAAAAAGAAUGAGAAGAACGUGCGGCGCUCUCGCGACGACCUCCUGCAGCUCACCAUUCAAGGCAAAUUCCCUGCCUAUGAGAGAGUCCUGCUUAGAGAAGCUAAUUUCAAACGACCCAUCGUCAUCCUGGGGCCUCUUAAUGAUAUUGCUAUGGAGAAGCUGGCCAGAGAACUGCCUGAUGAAUAUGAAGUAGCUGAGAUGGUUCCUCGCAGUGGUGGAGGAGACAGCAGCUCAACGGUUAUAAAAUUGGACACUGUGAGGAGGAUAGCGGAGAAGGACAAGCACCCUCUGCUGGACAUCACCCCCACUGCUGUGGAGAGGCUGAACUACAUCCAGUAUCACCCGAUGGUGAUAUUCCUGGACCCCCACAGCCGCAAAGAUGUCAAAGCCAUGAGGCAGAGGUACAGUCCUGACUCCAACAAGAGCUCCAGACGCCUCUACUCACAGGCACUCAAACUAAGGAAACACUGCAGCCAUCUUUUCUCAGCACGUGUUGAUCUGCAGCCCGGCUCCAAUGUUUGGUACCAGGUUCUAAAAGACAAGAUCCGCCACCAGCAGUCCAAACCAGUCUGGGUCUCUGAAGUCACGUUGGAAAGUGGUGGACAACAAGAUCUGGACGCUCUGGAUCAAACCCAGUCAGACUACCUCAGUGCUGCAAGUGACUUGGAGGACACAGACGGCGAGGCCUUCACUGAUGGUGAGGUCUACACGGACAAUGAGGACCUGGAUGAAGCCUACCCGGGUCAGGAGGCAGCCAGGAGCUCCAGGGUAUCGGGAGCAGCUCUUGCGCGAUCAUCUGAGCCUGCCUGGGGCCACCGCAGUCCCGACGACAUGGACCUUGAGCCUCACUCCGACGAUUACUCUCUGGGUGGGGAAAUCCCGCCUUUGAUGCAUGUGCCCGAGCCUGCAACACUCCGCCGACAGAGUAGCAGCCCGCCUCUCAAUCAUCCGGAUGACUACCCUUCUCACCGUAGUUUUACAGACUCUGACUUCAGCAAUCUGGACGCCCUGGCACCCACCACUCCAUCAGACGGUCCCCCGGAUUUUAUUGCCCCUAAUCCAUCCACAAGAUACUCUUUGAGUGAGCCCUCGUAUGUGGAUGAGCCUCCUGAGAGCCCCCAACAAGCUAGCCUGGCUGCCAUUGAAGAGAAAUUACAGCAGGCCCGUCUCACAGAGCCGCAGACACAAGCGGAAGACAAGAAGCCCCCCCAGUUCAUUGUGCUGGCACAUCAUCACCAAGCAGUCCAGUUCAGACGCACGCAAAUCCGAGGAGGCAGCGACAGUUCAGAUGAGGAUGACGAGGACGAGGCAGAGGACAUUGAAUGGGGUCCAGCGACAGAACUGUAGACAACUCAGAUGUUCAACAUCAGAGUCUAAUGAUCAAACAAAGACACUCCGAGAGACUCUUUUUUUUUUUUUUUCUCCCAACAAAAACUAGUAAACAUUUUUAAUGCAAAUUCUUUAUUUCAGUUUACUGUGUAAAAGAAAAGAUUUUUUGUUGUUGUUCAAAACGUUGCCCUCACCUUUCUUAUUAAACUACAAUUUAAAAUG